AUGUUGCCCGCGUUCGAUCAAUACAAGUCGCCUCCGUACAUCCGCGUCGACACGGCGCUUCUACAGAUCAAGGGGCCCAAGGACGCCCUCAUCAAGCAACUUGCUUCCAUGGAUCCUUCUUGCGUGGCCAUGCACGCCGACCCGAUCGCCGUCACGGGCACGUUCGGCUCUGAAGUCUUCCAAGUGAUCGCGGAUAUGCCGCAUCUGAAAAAAAUGUGGCUCGGAUUUGGCUCGAACGUCUCGGAGCUGUCGAUUCUACCGGACGUCCGCAUCGCCGACAUGGACGUUUACGUCUCGCUGGUCUGCCAUAAAAGAUGGCGUUGCCCCGACUGGAAGACGAUCCAGCAGUUCGACAUCGUCAUGCCGUCCAUCCUGUCCAAGAUCAUCAAGCAGUGGAAACGGGGCGAGCGCGAUAUGGAGCACAUCUCUGUCAAUUUCUACGACCACUCCCGUGGAUGUAAACUGGAGUGGAGGACCAUCGAUCCAUGCCUGCAAGCACUUGCGGAGAAGGCGUGCCGGGGCCAUGGAGCCGAGCGUUACCGAAUGCAGCGAAGCCAGUUCGGGUAUCUCAUCCGCAAAAACCCGACGAGCAACGAUGCGCUCCUGGUUGCAAUGCUCCCGACCAAGAUCCUUCUCAUCACGUGCAACUACGCCAUCCGCCGAGAGCGCGAUUGCGCGAUCCGCUACGCGUACAUCCAGGCGGCUACUGACGCCGAGGAGGCCAUUCGAAGCGCCUUUGGUGGUCAAGAGAUGAUGAAGGAAGAGCUCCGCUCGGAUGAGACUAAGAACGGCCAUGCAGAGCGGAAGAAGAAUGCCGAUCCCCUAGCUGCCCGUCGUCGAUGCGAAGCCUUGUUGAAAGACUGGGCCGCUACACCGCUCCACGACACGCUGCCCGCCAAAGAACUGGCCAUUGAUCGAGCCAUGCAUGGCUUCGCCGGGAAUGGUCGUUGCCGGAUGUUCAGGGAUGACCUGGACUACGAAUGCGUUGACGAUCGGGUGCUGAACGCGUACAAGCAGUUGCUCGACCCGCCGCGCAGCUUUUACCCG